AUGAACUGCUCGGCCACGAUCUUCUUCCGCGCAUGUCGCGCACGCCCCGUACCAGCGCCGUCACGCAGUUUAGUCCUACCGCCUCGAUCGACGAGCGCUCCAUUCCUGAAAUCCACGAGUCAAAACGGAAGAAACCUCACAUAUCAGUGUCACAGAGGCAUUGGGCAGCAACGUGCGGCAUUCUCGUCAACAAGUACACUUGGGCACGCUCAACCUGUGAACGACAUCCCAGCCGCGGCGUCAGAGGGGGGUGAAGUGUCUGGCAAAGGCGGCGAAGGAGAGAACCUAACACAGACGGUGAUCUCGCGAGCUCAGACGGAUCAGCAGCAGCAGUCGUCGACACUGUCAUCGUCUACAAUUUCCAAGACCGGAGCAACGGCGGCGGCACAACAGCCACCAGUCUCAGAUAAUUCACCAUCAUCGACAACCGAGUCUGAUCCCAUCGCCGCCGCGGACGCAGCGUUCCUCGCAACCUCAUUUAAACUGACUGGCCAUGUGACCCGAGUCGGUACGAUGCGUAAGACCGUUCGAGUUUCCCGCACCGUGCAAGUGUGGGACAAGUUCUUGCAAAAGCACUGGAAAAAGACGGCCCACGACCUGGUUCACGAUCCACAGGACAUCCUGAACGAAGGCGAUGUUAUCACGUACGGCCCCUUCCCGCCGAGCAUGCGGGCGGCGCGCGAACAGAGGGGCCAGGUCGGAGGCAAUAAACAAGUCAGCCAUGUGCUGAGGGAGGUGAUCACGCCGUUCGGCACUCCCGUUGAACAAAGGGUCAGUCGAAUCGUCGGCAGUCCUGCAGGCAGGUGGCACGGUACGCCGGGACAGGUGCAAGUGCAGAAGGGCGGGAGCCGGACUAGGCCCAGGGGUAAGGACGCGGUCAAUGUUCCGUCGAGCAAGAAGAAUGCAGAGGCAGCUGCCUGA